AUGCUUUUGCGCCAGAAGCUCGCCCGUGCUUUGGAGCUCGGCCAGAACGACCAGAUCGAGGCGCUUUUGUGCAAACUUGACAGGGACGUGCUGCAGGACGCCAAGUUCCAGGCGACCGCGAAGCAGCCCGCCGCUGCCGGCGGCAAGGCCGGGGCGCCCAAGGGCGACAAGCAUGGCGGCAAGGGCGGCGGCGGCGCCAAGACCGCUCCUGCCCCGGCGUCGCCUGUGCUGCAGCGCUCCAGGAGCCCGGCGGCAGGCAAGAAGCCGAAGGGCGUGGGCGCCGGGGGCAAGCAGCGCGAGCAGAAGUGGGAGCAGACUUGGGGCAAGUCGCAGCACUGGAAGCAGUCUGACCAGAAGUGGCCGCAAUGGUGA